AUGGUGCGUUCUUGUAUCCUCAUGUCCUUUCUUUGGACUAUAUCGACUGCAGGGCUUGUUAAUGAAUGUAAUUUUGAUGGCGAGGUGACAAAAGCAGCGGCUCUUCAAAAUCUAUCCUUUAUUAGCAGUUCUAGUUCAGUAAUGUUUUCCCGUACACUUCCGUCUACGAGAACGUCGUCUCACUCAUGUAUUGUAACAACGGAGGACAAAGAUAGUUUCUUAUAUGUAAAAGCAAAGACCUCUGGAGAGAAAAAUGGUAAGAUAGAGAGACUGUUUAUUGCUGAUAAACAUGUAUACAGAUAUAUGGAUAGGUCAUAUUUUCUGUUUCAAAUCGUGACUACGUAUGGUCAUAUGACAAGCGAAUUUUGCUGUGCUGGCAGCUGAAGUUGUUGUCAGACCCAUUUUGUUGCAACGUAUGCUUUUUUGUUCUGAGUUAAGAUUAGAUAUACUUUUUAGAGCUCUCAGACGAUCAACGGUCACUUUCUGAGGGUUGUUUUAAUUUGAACACAAUAAGAGAGUGCAAAUUUGAAAUCAUGCUACGACAAACAGAACUGCAAGUGGCAACGCGGGAAUGCGAAAUAAAUGAAUUACGCAUUACUCAGCCGAAUCUUAUCACCAUAGCUGCAUAGUGUCUUAUGUACAGUGCAAUUAUGACCGAUUAACAUUCUAAACUGGUACUAUUAUCAGGAUCAGAACUUACAGCCGAAGACUUUCGCUUUCCUCACGUGUUUGCGUGACAUAAAUUGAUCGCAUGUCAUACACGUCACUUUCUUAUAUACCGUGGAACUGUUUGUUGCUGUAGCUAAUGCAUUUACUACCAAGAUUAGAUUAUCCCUUUCUUGUCACCCUUUUUUGUAUCAUAUGUCUUCCGGCUUUUGUCUGAAUAUCGAAGCUUUAGUGUGUGAGUCAGCGAUAAGAUGAGAACUAUUCAAUUGCUCCUCGAAACUGUUCUUUCUUUGAGGAUCCGUUUCUGCCAAGUAAAAUGUUAUAAUUAUACAGGAACUAUUGUUUAUUUUAACCCUCUGGUAAGCAGGCUCCCUUCUGGGGUUUAUGAUACAAAAAGAAAGUAGAUGUGGGCUAGUAAGCGAGUGAGGAAUGCGUGACUCUCGUGCUAGUCCACGAUUCAGUCACCAUAACUUUGGAACAAAAGAGCAUCAAGGAUGUAGCUAAAGUUUUUAACAGGAGGGAAUCUUGCAAUGAUAGGCGGGUAUUUGGGCCGAAGGCCCGCUCUAGCGUGCCUUUGGCAUGCUAUACCUAGAUUUAAAGGUGUAAACAAAUGAAAUAAUUAAAUAAAUAACAAUCUUCUGACAACAUUUAAAAACAUUUUGGAAAAAGAAGUAGUGCUUCACAGCCGGAAGAAUCGCGUUCACAGCCGGGUAAUUUUCCCGGCUUCCGGCUAUUAUCUACAUUCCUGAGCAUAAUAUUUGCCAAUAUUUUCAAGAAAAGUGUAUUUUAAUCAUUUUUUUAAAGAACAUUACCAGAGGCAUGAUAUGCUAGGUCUUUAAGACUGAUCAUUUUUGAGUUGGGUCCACGGCUUACUCUAUUUUCAAUUUUGCAAUAUCUUGGGGGGAGGGUUACUUCAAUAUUACGUGAUUCGUUGUCUAGAGGACCUGAAACACAGGAAAUUUAUUAAUCAUGAUAUUAAUAUCAUACAUUUUGAUCCAUUAAGUCACCGUUUCUAGUACCAGUCCGGAAUGAAGUGCUGUAAUUAGCUGUGUUUUAUCUGAGCAAGCAUGUUACUGAAGAUCCAAAAGAUGUCAUGCUUUAUUGACAAUAGAUUUGGACUUGUUUUGUUUCCUUUUUAAAAGCAUUCUUAAAGAAGAAGUAGCAUAAGUUUCAAAGGAGGAUAGUUUCGAGCAUAUUUGGACAAAAAAAAUUGUCAAUGCUAGUUGUGUAAUUUGCUACCCUUAUUGGCACAAUCUACAUCGGUCCAGAAACAUACCCCAUGGGACACCCUGAUUGGUGCAAGCAACAUACCACUCAAUAGGCUAACAUAGAGUUAUUAUAUAUGUAUGUAUGUAUGUAUGUAUGUAUGUAUGUAUCUAUGUAUCUAUGUAUCUAUGUAUCUAUGUAUCUAUGUAUCUAUGUAUCUAUGUAUCUAUGUAUCUAUGUAUCUAUGUAUCUAUGUAUCUAUGUAUCUAUCUAUGUAUGUAUGUAUCUAUGUAUCUAUGUAUCUAUGUAUCUAUAUCUAUGUAUCUAUGUAUCUAUGUAUCUAUGUAUGUAUAUCUAUCUAUCUAUCUAUCUAUCUAUCUAUACAUAUAUAUAUAUACCUGUUUUCAAAAUACUGGAAUGUAGAUUUUACUUUUUAAAAAAAGUAGAACCUUAGUAAACAUGUAAACUUUAAGGUAAUACACCUCUUACCUUGGUUACUGCUGUACCUCUCUAAUUUAAAUGUUAAAAAUGUUCUUAUAUUUUGAUUCUGUAUUCCUGACUCAAGAAGAAAGUUGGACCUUCAUAGGUUAUGGUUGUUGAAAGUGAUACUUAAAAGUUGAAAUGGGAAAAAUGGAAGAUUUCUCAUUUAAGUUGAAGGUCUACUUUAAACUAUUCAUGAAAGUCAGAUUUUGAAAGUUUGCAGCCAGAGACUAGGAUGUGGGAGGCUUAGAAGUUGAAAGCCAUAAAGUCUAAUUAAGCCAGAAAAAAAGAAAAUUAUAUGUCAAUGGUUGAAAAUAAAACUCCAAACUCUGAAAUUGAAAGUCCAAAGUUAGAAAUUAGGAGUGUGAAGGUGGAGGUCAGAAAAUCAAGAGUUGAUAGUGGGAAAUAAAACUCAGAAUUCUGCAAUUGAAUGUCUGAGAUCCAAAGUUUGAAAAUCAGAGGUGGGAGAAUUACUUUUGUAGCAUUUAUUUGUUAGCCAGAGACAAAACUGACAACAUGCAAUUUCUUCCUCUGCACCAUUAAACUUCUGAUGAUUAAAGGAUUAUCAAAAUAAGUCUUGAAACCCAAAAUAAAGUCAAUAAGAGUCCAUUUAAAAAGGAAGGCACAAAUAUGAAGAAAUUCAGGGAUGGGUUGAGGAUGACUGUAUCCUAUGUUUUUUUUUUUUGUUAUUUGUAUUUGAUUUAUUUUCAUUGUUCCUUUUUUAUUUGUUUAAUAUUCACAAGUUUUGAUUUAAUUUAUUUAUCAUUUAUUUUUUCUAAGUACACUAACUUAUAUUUCAUUACCAGUCAAUUAACAUUUUUACAAUGGCAUGAUACAAAUUAGGAAACUAAAACUUUAAAAACUGCUUCCUUGUUGAUAUUUAGAUUAUACACAGACACCCCAACAAUAACAGUGUUUCCUUGUUGAUAUCAGUAUCAUGUAAAGACACUGAAACUUUUAAACUGCUUUCUUGUUGAUAAGCACAUGAUGCAUUGACACCAUAGCUUUCUAAAUAUGGUACUAUUUGAUUUCUGUGAUCCAACUUGACCACUGAGGGUAUCAUGUAGCUCAAUAAAACACAAUCCUUUGAGCUGGAAGAGAGAAGGAUGUAUUUGAAGUGAAUUACUCAUGCUGCACCAGCCAUCUGCAUAAAAUCAAAAUCUUUGGACUGUUCUGACCCUUACAUUUGUGUGGAUAUUCACCAUACUGUUCUCUCUUCUUCUUCAAUACAAACCAUCAAAUGUGGUGACCCUCAAGUAGGCCUGUUAUUGUUUUUUGUGUAUGUAAAUGACCUCCCUAAUGCCUCUGAAUUAACCCUUUACACCCUAACAUCAGUAUGCACAUUCUCCAUACUGUUCUUUGUACAAUUCCAAAGGCGCUGACAAGGGGAAUUUGUUUAACAAUCAAGAGCUUUUCCAGUUGGUGAUCAUUUCCUUGAUUCAUGUGACCUAACUUUUUACUUAGAGGUAAUAUUAUAAGGAGAAAUUAGAAGCUGGUCACUCUCAGGUGUUAAAGGGUCAGCAGACCCUAUGCUUUUUGCUGACGACACUAGACUAGUUUCUUUUAUUCUAGCUUUAAGACAAAAAUGCAAGAGUUUUUACUUAGUAUAAAUAAACACAGUAUUGGCAAAGCUGCUCAUUCACAGCACUUUUAAUUUUUUAAAUAUUGUUGUAAGUUAGGUGGCUCUACCUCAUAAGCCGGGUAACUUCUCAAGUCUCCUCACCUUCUAUAAAUUAUAAUGCUGUUAAAAAAAUCUGUUUUGUAAAAAAGGAAAAAAAAAGUGAUGAUGAUGAUGAUAUGUUGUAUAUCAUAAUUAAAAUACUCUAUACCUCCUGAAAAGAACACUCUUAGUAACAUGCCACAAACUUGGAAUCUGCAUUAUUUUUUGCUAACCCUAACCUUAAGUUUCUUGUACAUCAUUUGUGGUUAUUUCUUUAUAUAGAUUAUUUACUCAUUUUUGUAUAUCACUCUUGUACUUGUAUACCAGUGAAUCAGGUUAUGACUUAUGGUAAAACUUUGUCUCUACUUCACAAUUCUCCAUACAUUUCUUAAGGUGCUGACAAGGAGAAUUUGUUUAACAAUCAAGUGCUUCUUUAGACAACUUAGUGAUCAUUUCCUUUAUUCUUGUCACCUUGAGGUUUGAUUCAUGGGUGAUCUUGUAAGGAGAAGUUAGGUGCUGGUAACUCUAAGGGAGUCAGAGGAUUAAUCUGCCCCAUGGUCUCAACCCUUUCAGUGUAAACAUUUAUUUACCAAAUAUUCAGAACUAUGAGGAGGCUCCCCAGGCAACCGUUCAAAGAAAGUAAGCAGAAAUUUGGAAGAGAGGGGAAAUAAGACUUCUGCAAAGCUACAUACCACAUUAAGUGUCAUACAUAUAGAAAUUUCCUCUGAUAAGUGUUAAUAACAGUAAAGAUUAAUUCCAUACAAGUGUCUCUGGCCUGGGUGACACGAUUUUAGCAAAGAAAACUUCAUUUAAAUGAUGUUGGCUGUUUGAGGUCUCGGUUCUAGAAAAGAGUGAGCUUGGGUAGGGUAGGGGAGUGGUAGUUCUUCAUGUGUUAUUUAAAGACUCCAUGAGAGUUUACGGAAUAGUCCAUUUUACAGUUGCGUGCCUGCUUACCAAGCCUUUUAAGAAGAGUGAAGCCAAGGGUGACCUUGUUAUGAUACAAACCUUGCUGCUUUUUAAAUGUAAAUUGCUUUGUUAUUAUGCUAACUUGGCGCUAGUCUCUAUCACAACAAGGUCACCUUCAGCCUCAUUCCAAACCAGGACUUGGCUGUACAUAACUGUAAAAUGGCCUAUUGUGGACGCCAAAGAAAAAGAAAAUGUGCUCUCGUCUCCAAGGCCUCUCCGAGGCCAUACCCGCCAGCUCCAUUUACUCAGUAGGCUUCUGAAAUAUUUCAUGGCCCUCUCAAUUCUGAAACAGUCAUGCUUAGUUGAGGGGCUCAAAACGGCUUAGCUCGCCUUUGUUUCUCAAAAGACAGCCGUGUCUGUAUCCGGCCAUUGUAAGGCGUUGGACCUAAUCUUCACGGAAGGCUUUACUCUCUCGAUAAAUUAUUUUCUUUUGCUAGAUUCCCUUAAAUUUUCCCUUUUCAAUCGUUGUCAAUCGUGUACAAAUAUCCCGCGUCCGGUUCUUGCGUGAUUACUUUUUCGUUUUUGUCAUUUAGGCACUAACUUUAUCAUCUUUUCAACUUGACAGGAACUCUUCACAUGACAGUGUACGGUGAGGACGAAUUGUCCUCCUCUGGUCAUCUUGACACUGCUGUGUCGCAUGUUUGGAGCACGUCAAUUUCAUGUCCAAAGCCUUCCGGCCAGAAGUAUUCAGUGUUACUAACAGGAACUCCAAGCCUAAGUUACGCAGUGGAAAUCUCUGAAAACGUCUCGUCUAUAGAUAUCGGUCAAUCAAAGAGUUUUACGAUUUCAAGCACUCAACCAGCAGCAUUUCAGUUCAAACCAAGCACGGGUAUCUCAAAAAAACAACUUGACAUAACUGUGGAAUCCAGUAUAAAUGUUACAGCUUACUUAAAAGUUUCACAUACGUGCGAGGAUGUGGUGAAGAAUAUAAAUGCACUGAAUCACAGAUCAUUGAGGCUGUCAUUCGCAGAAAAGGGCCGGAUCACCCUCUCCAAAGCAUCAUUACCGCCUCUAGAAGAUACUGAUUGCCCUUGGUUCAUAGGGAUUGCGAUAAAGAGCAAGUCCGAAACAAGAGAAAAAAACGUGACGCUAACUCUAGCGAGCUCGUUUGAUUAUGAUUACGCAAAACCGUUCUAUUUCCUAAUCUUUUUGUCGUUUUUUGGUGGUAUUGCAGUGGCGCUAUGGGCGUUGUUUUGCUUCAGGGAACCAUAUAAACUGGCAAUGGAAGAUGAACAUAUUGACGAUUCAGCGGUAAGCUUUUCGUCGCCCAUGGCAGCUAGUCACCGAAUGAAAGACAAUCUUAGGAGCUUGUUUUCAUCUUGCUGGAAAAAGAAAGAGGACGAACAAGAUGACGAGCUACGACCAUUGAUACGUGGCAAAAAGGGAAAAAACACUCUAACUUGGAAGGAAUUGUUUAAAGCAAUGAAAAUAGUGCUGUUUACCCACUGGUUCGCGCAUGGACCCAAAACAUUCUCUUACACCACCUGUAUUGUCGGUUUUGUCCUUUUGGUUGGUUCAUACCAGUAUGUCUUCGAAGACUGGCACGAGAUGAUACAUACGGGCGACAGGGACAGGUGUUAUUACAAUGACUUUUGUUAUAGAGUUAGUGGAUAUGACAUUCCCUUCAAUUUGAUGAUAAGUAACCUGGUAUACAUGAUUCACGGCUUGAUUCUGGCCUGGUCGGUGUGGGUGAUGGAAGCCGAGUUAUUCGCUUGGUGCCAUAAGCAGGCGCGUAGGAACCACCUGUCAACUGCACGACUUCCGCCAGGCCAAGUCGAGUUACCGAAACACAUCUUGAAAUGCCCGAACAUCAACGGUCACCUGGCAAAAAUGACUGUUCCUUAUUUUAACACCAACAAUCUAGAAGAAGAGAUAAUGUUGCACGCUGAAGCUCAUAAAAGAAAGUUCACUUUUUCGAUAGGGUACGCUUUAGCCUGGGGGCUGAUUUUUGAGGGGUGUUUUUCCAUGCUUUAUCACUUUUGUCCCACCAAGUUGACUUUCCAGUUCGAUACAGCUUUCAUGUUUGUUAUUUCAGGUUUGAUUGUGUUAUCAUUGUAUAACGGAAUCAGCUUCAAGGAGUGCGUUGUCGGAAAAAGGUGCAAAAAGCCUGUACAAGCCAACAAUUUUUUCCUGUUCUUUUUAGUUCCACUGUUAAUUUUCAACUACUUUGGCUCCCUUCUCUAUACACAUCGCGAUAAAAUGGGUUUGGCAAUGAAAUUAAUAUUUGUAGUCUGUUUGGUUUUUUAUUACAUCGGUAUUCUUUCUUGGGUGGGUAUAAAAUUGUUUUACAACAUUUUGAGCAAAAGUGACCUCAAAAAGUGGGAUGAGGUUUUAAAGGCUGUGUUGUUCUUUGUGAUCCUAGUGGUUAUAAGUAUCGUUUUCCCGGUGCAUUUUGGAAUUCAGUUUGAUUUCCCAGACAUGUUCUUGUUUAGCUGUAUCUCAGCUUGUCUCCUUGCUAUCAUGGGUAAAGUGUUGAUUCAGUUCUUUCGGACCACCCGUCGAUGUUGCACAUUUCAAACGUUCAUUUUCCGCUUUUUUCAAGUCUCUUAUAUUCUAGUCACGCUAGGGUGUAUGGGUACUGCGGUUUGGAUUUUUACUGCCAAGGCGACAACAGACAAGACGCAGACUGCUGAGGAAUCACGUGAUCUGAACAAGAGCUGCGCAGUCGUGAAUUUCUUUGACUAUCAUGAUUUAUGGCAUAUCUUGUCCUCAUUUUCCCUCCUGAUGGGAUCUUAUUUAAUGUUGUAUAUUAGUGAAUAAGUCAUUCAAAGACAAAAGCUAAUGAACUGCCAUGAACUGCGAGGAGUUAACUGCGCGAAGAUUAAUUUAGCCUUGUGUGAAUGCUAUAUGGCUUGUUAGUAUUAGAAUACAUUAAUAAAAGUAAUUCUUAUAUAUUAAAAAUUUCUCUUUUCGAAAUAGUUUGUCGGAUAGGAGGCGAGUUUAUCGGAAAAAUCGCCCAUAUUUUAUAAGAGAAACAAUUUUGGCUCAGCCACUUUGUACUUAAUGAGAGGUGACAUUUUGUUUAAAGUUAAUUAAGUUUUCAAGAGUAGUUUUAAAUUAUAUUGUAAACAUUUGAAAUUAAAUCGAUAGAUCUGUAAAGUAUGUUAUGGAUAUUUGUCAAGAAAUGAUGACCUUGACAAUAAAAGUUUAGGAUAUUUUUGUUGUUAUCCACAACGUAAAAUAGGCUUAUUAAAUAUUAAAUUGGCAGAGUGAUUAUGUUAAUGAUGAUUUAUAAUGUUUUGUAGAGAGAA